CCGGAAGGCCCCGCCCACUAGGCCUUUCGGUGCUUUUCUGCCCGCGUCUGGUGGCGGCGGGCGGAUUGGCGCGGCCGGGCUCCGGGCUGAUGGAGCGGCCGGCGGCUGCCGCGGGCGGGGACGUGUCCCUGCACAACUUCAGCGCGCGGCUUUGGGAGCAGCUCGUCCACUUCCACGUGAUGCGGCUGACGGACUCGCUCUUCCUCUGGGUGGGGGCCACGCCGCACCUGCGCAACCUCGCCGUGGCCAUGUGCACGCGCUACGACUCCAUCCCCCUGUCCACCGCCCUCCUCGGGGACACGUCUGACACCAUGUCCACUGGUCUCGCCCAGCGCUUAGCCAGGAAGACCAGCAAGCAGGUCUUCGUCAGCUAUAACCUUCCAAACACCAGCAGCAGCUUCGAGUUGCUGGUAGAAAGCCGGAUCAAGGAGGAAAUGCAGGCCUUUCCAGAGAAGUUCUAGCCGGAGACUCGGGCACAGGGGACGCUUGAAUAAACGGCCGGAUCCGCCGCUGCAGCAGG